AUCGUUGUUGCGGUCAGAUGCGUCGUUCGUACAUCCAUUGGUGGCUUUGGUCUCGAUGAUUGGAACAUGGUCAUCGGUCAGGUUUUAUUCUUCGGCACCUGCGUUUGCGUCAUGUACGGAUGCAACACUGGUAUCGGUGUCAGAGACAUCUACCUGACCGCACAUGAGCUUGUCAACGCAAGACAUGCCAUCCUCAUGUUCCAGUGCUUCUACCUCACCUCUCUCAUCUUCGUCAAGAGCAGCAUUUGCUUUGCUCUUCUCCGCAUCACCACCAACAAAGGAAUUCGCAUUUUCCUUUACAUCAUCAUCUUUCUCUCUUUCUGUUGUGGAUUCAUCACCAUGGUCGCCUGCUUGUCCCUCUGCGUUCCUGUUUCUGCUUCCUGGACAGGCAUUGGAAAAUGCGUCGCACCGCUCGUUAUCAAGCGGGUGGCCAUUUAUACCACGGUAUCGUCAAUGGUCACCGACUUUUCGUGUUCCAUCCUUCCAUUUGUCAUUCUCUGGAACCUCCAGAUGGACAAGAAGCUCAAGUUUACCAUCGCUGCCAUCCUGAGUCUCGGUUUCCUUGCAAGUGCCGCAACAGUCGUUCGCGCCUUCUACUUUAACCGCUUCCUCGCCUCCGUCGACUACGUCUGGGGCUUCUCAGACCUUAUGAUUUGGUCCAUCAUCGAAGAUCUCAUCGCCAUCACCAUCGGCAGUGUUCCUUCCCUGAAGCCUCUGUUC